AGCGACCUGGCCUGCUCAUCGGGAGGGCCAGUCCUGUGCCAUCUGGGAGUAGAGGAAAGGUGGACACGUACGUCCUCGUCUCUCUGGAGAAAGGCGAUUGAGAGGCGAACAAGAUGGCCUGGUGGAAAGCCUGGAUUGAACAGGAGGGUGUCACGGUGAAGAGCAACCCCCACUUUAACCCAGACCCGGAUGCAGAGACCCUCUACAAAGCCAUGAAGGGGAUUGGGACCAACGAACAGGCCAUCAUCGAUGUGCUCACGAAGAGAAGCAAUGCACAGCGGCAGCAGAUUGCCAAGUCCUUCAAGGCGCAGUUUGGCAAGGAUCUCACCGAGACCUUGAAGUCAGAGCUGAGUGGCAAGUUUGAGAGGCUCAUCGUGGCCCUCAUGUACCCGCCAUACCGAUAUGAAGCCAAGGAGCUGCAUGAUGCCAUGAAGGGCUUGGGAACCAAAGAGGGAGUCAUCAUUGAGAUCCUGGCUUCUCGGACCAAGAACCAUCUGCAGGAGAUAAUGAAGGCAUAUGAGGAAGACUAUGGGUCCAGCCUGGAGGAAGACAUCCAAGCAGACACCAGCGGCUACCUGGAGAGGAUCCUGGUGUGCCUCCUGCAGGGCAGCAGGGAUGAUGUGAGCGGCUUUGUGGACCCAGGCCUGGCCGUCCAAGAUGCACAGGAUCUGUAUGCAGCGGGCGAGAAGAUUCAUGGGACUGACGAGAUGAAGUUCAUCACCAUCCUGUGCACGCGCAGUGCCACGCACCUGAUGAGAGUGUUUGAGGAAUAUGAGAAAAUCGCCAGCAAGAGCAUUGAGGACAGCAUCAAGAGUGAGACCCACGGCUCCCUGGAGGAGGCCAUGCUCACAGUGGUGAAAUGCACCCGGAACCUCCACAGCUACUUUGCAGAGCGACUUUACUACGCCUUGAAGGGAGCAGGGACACGCGAUGGGACCCUGAUAAGAAACAUCGUUUCAAGGAGCGAGAUUGACUUAAAUCUCAUCAAGUGCCAGUUCACGAAGAUGUAUGGCAAGACCCUAAGCAGCAUGAUCAUGGGAGACACCAGCGGUGACUACAAGAACGCCCUGCUGAACCUGGUGGGCAGCGACUCCUGAAGGCUCAGCGUGGGGCAAAGACCAAGAAGCCGGAGCCACGGGGCCCUGCCUGUUCAACCUUGGCCAUGGAUUGCAGGGGGGUGGUGGGGAGGGGUCGGAGGUACAACUUGCCUUUCAGUCUUCUAUCUCCCAGCUUCUAGCGCUUUCCAGCUUUCUCUGCCUGGGGCUCCUCCCUCCACUGCCCGCCCUUUCUGGUCAGUUCCCGGUAUGAGCACAUUGCCACCUCAGUAGAACUUGACCUGACAGACACCUCGGUGAAGGGGUUGUUUCUUCCUCCGCACAAGGAGCUUCCCAAGCUUGACGGGCCACAGAGUCACCUGUGCCCAGGUCGUGCAGAUACACAGCCCCAUCCCGUCUACGACAUCAGGGUCUGCAGAGAAAAGACCAGAGAAUAUGGAAUUUGCAUAAGCAUCUCAGCUGAGACGCCUCUCUGAAAGGCCACCGGGUGGGUGGGGAGGGGGGGGGGCCCGCAGAACCCAUUUGCUUCAGAGCACACGCGUGUGAGCCGCUGAGAGAGAAACACAUACAUUAGGGCCCACUGGGAGGUCACUCACAUUCAUUCACGAGCCUCCUCUAAAAAAUCUAACAACUUGAGGCUAUAGGUAGAAUAAAAAAUUCCCUUGCUGUCUAAUAGAGAAAGCUGCAAAUCCACCCCACAGACGCCGUGUCCUGAGGGGCCCGGGCUUAUCCCGUCCUUGAUCAGACGAGCUGCUCUUUCCUCCCCUGACAGGAGCCGGGGGCAUCUCUCCUUCAGACCAAAUGUGUUAUGCUUUUCAGAAAAAUAAAGAUUUGUACAUUCUCAUCUAA